CCAUGCUGGGCGCCGCGGGCCCCUUCCUGCCGCGCAGCCGGGACCGGCCCGAGGAGCGGCGGCGCAGAGUGGCCCCGCUGGCGGCCGUACCCCCGGCGGGAGAGGAGGAGCCGCUCCUCAGGGGCAUCUUCGAGAUCGGCAAGAGGAGCUGCGACGUGGUGCUGAGCGCCCGACGGCUGCGCUGGAGCCCCAUCGUGCCCGAGAGCCCCGCAGGUGAUUCCAGUACAGCUUUACAGGUGAAAGAGGAGAUUAUUGAAAUGAAGGAUGUAUUUUCAGUAAAAGUGAAACGUCGCCGUUUUGCUGGACAGAAGAAAGGUGGUACUUUGUUGGGUAUCACUGUCUUUAAAUGCUUGCAUAAAGAAGAAAAUAAACUAACAGACUGUGCUAUCCACUUGAAUAACUUCAGUGAAGACCAUUGUCAUUCAUGGUUUAGAUGUCUAAAGGAAAUUUUGAAUGGGUUUCAAAAUAGGCCCAAAUCCUUGAAAGUAUUUGUUAAUCCAAGCAGCCACAGAAGAGAAGCCACUCAUAUUUAUUAUGAACAAGUGUCACCGCUUUUUAAACUUGCUGAUAUAAAAACUGAUGUCACAGUAACUGAAUAUGAAGGACAUGCUCUGUCAGUACUUAAAGAAUGUGAACUCCAAGCAUUUGACGGGGUAGUUUGUGUUGGUGGAGAUGGAUUUGUCAGUGAAGUUGCUCAUGGUCUGCUACUUAAAGCCCAGAUAGAUGCUGGAAAGGGCACAGACUUCAUAUCGGCACCUGUCAGAGCACCAGUCCCUCUUGGAGUGAUUCCAGCAGGUACUACAAAUAUUUUGGCCUACACUCUCUAUGGCAUCAAACAUGCGGUGACUGCAACGCUGCACAUUGUAAUGGGUCAUAUUCAACCAGUAGAUGCCUGUACUUUCAGUACUCCCAGCAGGCUUCUGCGUUUUGGGUUCUCGGCUAUGUUUGGUUUUGGUGCAAGGACUCUAGCUUUGGCUGAAAAGCACCGUUGGAUGCCCUCCAAUCAGCGAAAGGAUUUUGCUUUCAUCAAAACACUGGCAGAUCUCAAGACAGAGAAAUGUGAAUUAUCAUUUCUACCUCUACAAAUUCCACAGGAAGACUCUUAUGAGAAUGACAGAAAGAAGAAAGGGAAAAACAAAAAAAAAGGUAACAAGGAUCAAUGGCACAAAAUUCAGGGUGACUUCCUGAACGUGAGCAUUAUGGCAAUCCCUUGUCUGUGUUCAAUGGCACCAAGAGGCUUGGCACCUAAUACGAGGUUAAAUAAUGGAAGCAUGGCUCUGAUUGUUGUACGGAAUACCUCCCGAACUGAGUUUAUAAAACACCUGAAAAGAUAUGCCAGUGUAAAAAAUCAGUUCAGUUUUCCCUUUGUUGAAACAUACACAGUUCAAGAAGUAAAAGUGCAACCAAGAAACAAAAGUGGGCUUGAUGCCAAAGAAAAUACAGAUACAAAUGCCACUGCUGAAGAAGAUAAUUACCCUUGGAAUAUAGAUGGGGACUUAAUAGAAGCAUCAGAAGUUCAUGUUCGGGUGCAUCCUCAACUUAUUAAUCUCUAUGGAGUGAACACUGAUGAUCUGGAGAGUUCCAAAGCAACAUGCAAUUGCAUAUAGAAGGGAUACACUGAAUGUUCUGUAUGAGUCCUUGUCACACCUGUAUGCUCUUCUUUCUAACGUCCCAUUCUUGCACUUACUGAACUCAGUUCUAAUAGAAAGGAUGUUUAUUAUGUUUCUGGUUUAAAAUUUUUAUCAAGUUAUAUAUAUUUUAUUAAGUUAUAUUUGACUGUGAAAAAUCUUUAUUAGGCUUAGCAAGAAAAAAUGAAAAAAUGAUUAUAUGGAUUUCUUUAAUAAAUUUUGGGUUCUGAAAUGAUCUGUCAGAAUAGAUGGAAAGUCUUUUGUUUUCUGUAAAAUUAUUCAAGCUUCUGCAGUAUAUAUUUAAUAUGAAGUAUUUUUGAGUUUGCUGUUGUUACCAUGUUGUCGGGUUACUCAGUUCAAACUAGUGAGUGGAGAUAAGAUGGUCCUCACACUGAAGGAUAGUGGCAAAGCGUUGAUCAGGUAUUUCCAGUGCUGGGUAUCACUUACAAUGUUGCCUUAAUGUUUGUGUUCAAAUUGGUUUCUAGUCAAACAGUAAUAAAGAAGAACGUGUAAUUUCUUUGAUGAAAGGUAUUUUAAAGACUACUCAUAGUACAAAAUAAAAAAAAUUAAAAUAUAUAAUGUAUUGUAGAGCUGACAGAACAUUAAGCCUAGGUUUUGCUGUUGCUGAGAAUAAAGUUGUGAUAACUAACCUUUACUCAUUGACUCAAAUUUUGGUAACUAUCUUAAAGGGCAUAAAUAUUUUUAUAAGUAAAUGUUCAUUUUUUUUUAGGUGACUUCUGAAAUAUUUUCUACAAUUAUUUCAGAUGAAUGCAAAUUAAGAGCAGAUUCUCAAAGGAGGAGCCAGUUUCCAGAAAGAUGAUGAAAAGUAGCAGCCUGGUGGGUUUGUCUGCAGUGCCACAGGGCUAAGCAUGUGGUUCUGUUCACUUGUCUAUCAAUUGUUAUGAAAAAGGCAGGUGCACAGUGGUGUGAAAGCAGCGUUGUUUCAUGGCUGGCACAGGUUGCUCCAAGUCUUUGUUCUGUAAGCAGUUCAGUAUACUGUGAAAUCCAAUCGUUUAAGAUUUCAUUAAAUCCCUUUACGUGGGAUCUGCAUUUUCAAGACUUACAUGAGCUGCAUAUUUCACUCCAUUUUAAAUCUUGUGAAAAAUUCUUACUGUUGGUAAAUAAGCUACACAAGUAUUGCAGAUGGCUACCUGUGUUCUCAGAACAAGCUGUUACUUGUUGGAAACCUCAUGCAGUUUCUGUGGACAAAUGUGGCCAGUAGUAAAAGCCAAAUUCAUAGAUAAUAUAAUGCCUCUUUCAGAGGUAAUUAUUAUAGAACCACUGCAGCUACAGUUUUGCUUGGCACUGGGGCGGUGAUGGCAGAGCAGGGUCAUAGCAUCUUCAGACCGAAUGGAGCACUGACAGGGCUCUUGCCCAAUCUCCUGGUCCAAGUGGUCCAGCUACAAGGUCAACCCUGGUUUCUCAGGACUUUAUUUAAACUGAUCUCAAGCCAUCCAAGGAAGGAGAUGAUGCCACCUCUCUGAGCUCCACUUCUGGGCUAUCUUCAUGGGGAAAAGGAUUUUCCUGCUGUCCACUGGGAUCCUCUCAUUUCAGCUGAGAGUCAUAGUGAGUAGUCUAUUACGUUGCUGUACUUGAUACUGUAUUGCACCAAGUAUUUUAAUGUUUAUGACAAUCUAAACUAAGCUUCCUAAAGGUGUAUGAGAAGAAUAUUCCAGCUACAUGUAGUAGAAUUAACUGUUUUUAUUACAUAAGUGAAAAUUAACAAAAGAACUUACAAAAGAAACAGCAUUCAUGCUUAACUUGUUGGAGUUCUCUUUAGUAAAGUAAAACCAAGUGAUGCUUUAUAAUUUCGCCACCAUUAAGACAGUGUACACUUAUUUUUGUCAACCUUGUUUCUAACAACAAAUUGACUUUUGCUUCAUAUCUUAAGAACAGGAAACCAACAUUUACAUGUUAAUUACAAAAUAUGAAUAGAAAGCAUUCCAAGGCAACAUUAUCACAUUUACUGACUUAUGUAAACUAAUUCAAAGAUAAAUAAAAUGCUUUAGUUUCAUUUCUUUGCAUUGUUUGUACUAAAAAGAAUUUUAAUGCUUUUUCCAGCAUUUGAGGUAUAUUUAUAUGCUGUAAUCUCAAACAAAUUUCUGUUCAAAGUCAUUUUGGUUAAAGUGCAAAAAAUCACUAAAGCCAUUUGGAAGAUGAACAUUUUGUAUGUUUCAUAGACUUGCAAGAAAGUAUUUCAUUCUUCACAUUCUUCACACGCUUUUUGAUAUACAUAUCUCUAUAUAAAAAUACAUACACAUUCAUUAGUCCUUACGCUGCCUACGAUUUUUGAGAUAAGUUACUUUAGAGGGAUCCACAACUUUGGCAUCAAAUUAAGCAAACAGAAAUUACAGAAUGGUCCCCAAUGCCUUACUGAUCUGUGGUCAAUGUGGAUUUUCUGGCACCAAAUACAACCCAUUUGCAAAAGUGUUUGCUGAAGGCACUAUGCAUUGUUUUUGAACUAAAUGUCAUAUGAUGGUGUGGCUCCAAAGUGUACGUAUGUGUUAAACUUGUUUUUCCUUACAGUUCAGAAAGACAUCAAAGUCAGAGCAAGAAUGGCCUUAUUACAUACUGCUGUUACAAUAAAUAUAGUUACUGAUGACAUUGUAGAUUCUCUGGUUGUACUGGGGAGCAGUCAUGAUUUUUUUUUUCUCCUAGACUGUACUAUUUAUUUCACCAAAGCUAGGUGGCAGUGCAAACUUAUCUAGCUGAAGAAACUUCCUGUAGUAGCAGAUCAGUGGUUUAAACCAUGUUUCUAUUCAGUCAUUUGCCUUUCUACUCAGUUGUUUCUGAAGAUGCCAAUUUAGAUGAUUAUUAACUAACAACUUCACAAGAACCCACAUUAGCUCUCCAAAUGGCUUCUUACAUACAUUCAGGUGGACAA